AUGGGCAGUCAAGUUCCUCUGGAAGCUCACCCAUUCCCUGCAGGUACUUUGCUGAUGGUCAGAUCUCACCUUCCUGCUCCUUAUGUUCGUUUCUCUUUCCCAUUCCGGGAGCAGCAGCUGGUGGCUCUGGGACUUUACCUCCUACAGUCAGGCCCCGUGGGCUCAGUGCCUGGGAUCUGGGAGUACCAGUUGCUCACCCUGGCCCUGGCAGGGCUGGUCGUGUGCCCUGCUGCUGAUGAUUCUGGUGGUUUCCCUGUCCCUGCUCGGUUUCUUAGCUCUUCCAUAACCUCGAAGACACAGAUCAGGCCAAAUAGUCUGACUAAAGAGAAAAAGGCAAAUGGAAGAAAAAGGCUCAGAGACAAGUCAGGAACAGCUCCCAGGGGAGGUUGGAUAGAGCCAUGGGGACGCCAGAGCACAGAGAGGAGAGGGCCAAGCAAAGUUGUGACCUCAGGCGGAAGUCUUGCUGAUAUCCCACUGGUGCAUGAGUGCACCACUGAGUCGUCUGGACAGAAGCCCGGGAGUGGGAUGGUCACAGUGCUGGCCCAACAGUCACCAGUUCGCGAGCCUGGGCAGGGGGGCCAGUGCUAUUCGAGGAAGGCGGACCCAGAGGAGGGAGCUUCCACUGGUCAGAAAGGCUCCAUGGAGAAGAGGAACCAUGGCAGAUGUGGCUGGGGCUCCCAGCACUCAGAAGCCACCGCUGCUGGGGUCGGGGGCGGGGGGAGCAGUAGGCACCUCCGACACCCAGGUGGCCGGGGUUACCCCAGAGUUCACACCUGCUUUCUGUCCCAGGCCAUGGCAGUAUUUGCCCAAGUAGAGUCCGUUUACUUUACAAACCAUACUCAAGCUUUCCUGGACACUGAGCAGCUGCUCCCUGACGUCUCUACCAGAGCCCUGUUUGCACGGCAGGUUGUCAGCAAACAGACCGCCCUGACCAAGCCUCAAAGGGGUGCUUCCCAGUGGGAUGCGCAGAAGGAGCAUGCGCAAACACGGCGCCCGCGCGGGGCGUGGCUAGCUGCCCGCGCGCAAGCGCACCAAUCUCACCCCGCGGUGGGGUGGGGGCAAGGCCGCAAUCCCGGAAGUGCAGCGAGCCCGGUAUUGGGUCAUCUCGGAGCUGUGGUCUCCGGUUCCCCGCACGUGGCUCGGCACGUGGCCUGGCGCCUGUCUCCUGGCGCCCUGGAGCCCCCGGUCUCGGUCGCCGAUGCGGUAUCAUCCUUGACCAUCGUCGACGCGUUCAUCAGAGCAGGCACGAGCUCCGCCCCGUCGCUCCCAGUGCAUCCUAGGAGGUUCAUCUGCUCCUUCCCGAACUGCAGCGCCAAUUACAACAAGGCUUGGAAGUUAGAUGCUCACUUGUGCAAGCACACGGGGGAGAGACCUUUUGUUUGUGACCAUGAAGGGUGUGGGAAAGCCUUUGUCAGGGACUACCACCUGAGCCGCCAUGCCCUGCUUCACACCGGAGAAAAGCCCUUUGCUUGUACAGCUAGUGGCUGUGACCAAAAAUUCAACACAAAAUCAAACUUGAAGAAACAUUUUGAACGCAAACAUGAAAAUCAGCAAAAACAAUAUGUAUGCACUUUUGAAGGUUGUAAGAAGACUUUUAAGAAACAUCAGCAGCUGAAAAUCCAUCAGUGCCAGCAUACUAAUGAACCACUGUUCAAGUGCACCCAUGAAGGCUGUGGAAAACACUUUGCUUCGCCCAGUGGGCUGAAACGACAUGGGAAGGUCCAUGAGGGCUAUAAAUGUCAAAAAGGAUGUUCCUUUAUGGCAAAAACAUGGACAGAGCUUCUGAAACAUGUGAGAACCACCCAUAAAGAGGAAGUGAUGUGUGAAGUAUGCAAGAAAACAUUUAAACGCAAAGAUUAUCUGAAGCAACAUAUGAAAACACAUACCCCAGAAAGGAGUGUGUGUCGAUGUCCCAGGGAAGGCUGUGGCAGAACCUACACAACUGUGUUCAAUCUGCAGAGCCACAUUCUCUCCUUUCACGAGGAGAGGCGCCCAUUUGCCUGUGAACAUGCCGGCUGUGGCAAAACCUUCGCAAUGAAACAAAGUCUCACUAGGCAUGCUGUUGUUCAUGACCCUGACAAGAGGAAAAUGAAGCUCAAAGUAAAACAAACUCGUGAAAAACGGAGUUUGGCUUCCCGCCUCAGUGGCUACAUCCCUCCUAAAGGGAAACAAGAACAUGGCCUAUCUUUGCCUCAACCUGGAGAUCUGCUGAACGGUGCUGAAGACAAGGUGCUCUCGACGGUCACCCUCAGCUAAACAUCCAGUUGCUUUCCACAGACCAGCCAGCUCACUUACAGGCAGAUCUCAGAGGUAGUAUGGGUCACCUCCAAACUACCACAGUAAAGCAUGUAGGGCAAAAAAAGUGAAUUGAAAUGUUUUUGCUGAUGAAGGGUCUUGCCUUCAAUUUAUAAAAAAAAUGCAGCAUCUGUAAAUAAAGUGAAGCACGA